CCCGAGCUCCGUGCUGCGGCUUCCUGUGUGCUGCGGCGAGCGUGGCGGCCGUCUAUGGAGGGGACGGCUCCGUUGGUCGUCAGCACCGCCAGCCACGGCCCGACGCUGUUCUCCACGCGCAGAGGUUCUCGAUCCGACGGCGGGGCUCUCGAGGAUGCCCGGGCCGCUCGCCGAGCCGUUGCAGUUGGCGGACCUGGGGGCCUCCGCCUGGAUCUGCGUUGGUACGGCUCGGGCGGGGCCAGCGCGUCCGUGGCGGCCCGCCGUCGCGACCAGCGCGUCCGUGCCUGCCGGCGCUUCGCCGUUUAUCCCGGUGACUUCAUCUCCUCGGUUCUCGUCUGUAUAGCUCGGCAUCCGACAUACACUGUUGUCGUCCGGUGCCCGUGCCCAUACCGGCAUGUGAGGAUUGUUCACCGGAUUCCAAAAUCCGAUAAAUCCGCGCUUUGCCGUGCCUCUAGCCGUGCUCCGUGUCUGUCGCCUCACGAGUGCUUUCUCAACAGCGCCGACCCACUGUUUAUUCGUCCUUCUUCGAACAUCGUCGGUCUACUGUGGUCCUGUCCUUCCACCGCAGCGCCCAUGCCACUGCUUUCUCCCAAUCCCCCUAUAUGAAGUCCCUCUGCUGUUGUCUUCCUUUUUUCCCCUAAAUGGCAGUCGCUCCUUUCUUCUCGUCGACUCCGUCGCCGUCGUCUGUUUCUUUUCUGCGGAUCCCUAUUGCUUUUGUUUCGAUUCCUUUCCGUCUCUGCACCGGAUUCUUGUGCAUUUGAUUCAUCUGCUAUUUCAUCUGUUGUAGAUCUGCCACGUUGGAGACCUGGCCAACACGCGCAGGUCCUGAAAUCGUUCAGUUCGUCCCUUCUUCAGCGAUUUGAGAUGGGGGACAUACUCAUUCCUAGCCUUAUGGUUGGAGACUGCUCUCACAGCUUGUGUGUGCGUGUCUCUAGACUUUGGGAGUUCCUUGAUCCUCAGGAUGACAGUAGGCUCCUGCAUACUGAUCUUGUUUUGCUUGAUGAAGAGGGAAACAGCAUACAUGCCCAGAUCUAUCCUCCGUUAUGCCAACAGUUUAGUGCUCUGCUUGAUGAGGGAGGGGUAUACAACUUGAAGUAUUUCUUAGUCAGGAAAGCUAACAGAUUCUACAAACCGGUAGAAAACUGCAGCAUGAUCAGCUUUACAAAGUGGACUACAGUUGAAGUUGUCCUCCAGAUCCCCCCUGCUUUUCCAGUUUGCACGUAUAACCUCACUCCCAUAGAACAGCUCCAGCCGCGCAUGGACUACAAGGAAUAUUUCACUGAUGUGCUCGGUGUUGUCAGUGUGAUCUCCCAUGUUUCAUCGCUACGCACAAGGGGACGACAGGCUGAAGUUAUGAAGAGAACAGUCACUAUAAGCAAUGCAAGGGAUGCUGGCCCGACUGUUGAUGUCGUACUUUGGGGCGAGCGGGCCACAUCUUUCCCAGCUGAACAGGUGCACAGGGACAGUGACUCCUCGCCACAGAUCAUUAUAUUUGUUGGCACUCUCGUGAGGAGUUACGCUGAUAAUGUGUCUUUAUCGGGUGGAUCAUCAUGCAAGUGGUUCAUAAAUGCACCGGUCCCAGAAGUAAACGCUCUCAGAGCUAGUACUGAAGCAAACCACCGCCCGGUCAUUUGGGAUCAGGGAAAAGUGGGUGCUGAACGUACAAUAGUCGCAGUCCCUGAACACAAGAAACUCAAGGAUAUUAAGUACCUCCAUCCUUUUGAAAAUAAGAAGAAGGAAUGGCUUGUCAUAGUAAAGGUGCUCAAGAUUGAUAGCUCGUGGUGGUACAACGCAUGCAAAAAAUGCCUUCGGACAACCAAACCACACGGUGACACAUACAGGUGCACCAAUAAUUCCUGUGACAACAUCGGAUCGCCUACCCCAAGGUACAAGAUACGCCUCACCGCUGAAGACGACACUGACACCGCCGAGUUUAUCUUCUUUGGCCGGAUGGCACAGCGCCUCAUUAAAAAAAUGUGGACACCCUCAUAUCAACUAAUCCACCUGGUUUCAUUCCAAGUGAAAUUACAAACCUACUAGAAAAGUCUUUCGAGUGGAAUGUUAGCUUCACCGAAAGCACAAUUAUUUAUAGCAGUGUUUCCUUCCAAGUGAAUGCUAUAAAUGCAGAAAUGGAUGGUGGCAGCACACUUCCAGCUACACCGCCCUCACAGCCAUCAUCCACCAUACUAUCUCAAGCAGGACAAGGAUCAGGUGUCACACAAAACAAGGGGGCUGCCUUCAUCUGCGAGUCGUCACUAACACCGGAGAGUCGCAAAGUUUCGUAUAGCGCCAAGGGAGACAACCUGCUGCUAGGAACAGAAGUUAUCCCUGCUCCGCCUAACGUGCAAGCGCAUUCAGGAGCCCACAACACCCCUGGUGCCAACACUCUCCGCCCGGCUAACGCUUACACUGUGCUAGAUGAAUCUACAAACAAGACUCACAAAAGUGUUACCGGAAAAAGGUCUCGCACAUCCCCUUCCAAGAAGGCUGCCAGGAAACUUUUUAGAGAUGAAGACAUAACAGAUGAUGAUGCUGCUGGUUCCACAGACGCUGAUGCUGAGUAACGUUGCAGCGGUUCUGGACACGAGCACCAGCAGCUAUGGAAGCUCGCUUUUGGGAACUGAGGCUCGCUUUUGGGAACUGUCCCAGUUCAUCUAGGUUACUCUUAGAACUUGCCUCCCUGUUAUGUAGGGAGUAUCGUUUUAUGCUUGUAAGAUAUCAACAGCGCUAUGAUGUGUGCUUGGCUGCAAGAUAUGUCUUUUGGUGCUUCUAGGGUAGUGACUGGUUAUAGCUAUGCUAUGCGUGCAAU